AUUGCCCCGCGAGUUCACGCGCAUAGUCAGUGAGAUGUGAGUCCUGCGAGGAUGGACCCACGGCGAAUCUUGCGGUUCCUGAUCCUUAUACUAGGAUUAAACCGAGUGUGUGAAGGAUUGAUUUGUAACUGCACCAUACCUAGAUGUGAGAAGGAUGGUUAUAAGUGCGAGACAAACGGGACGUGUGUGGUGUCCAUCUCUGUGAUCAAUGGACAGGAACUGAACAUGCGUCACUGCAUCCCGAAGGAGGAUCUGGUUCCUCCCGGUAAGCCGUUUUACUGUCUCGGUGCUGAAGGACUGGUGAACACGCACUGUUGCUAUACAGACUACUGUAACGGCAUUGACCUCAAAGUACCUACAGUGACGAACCGAUUGGACGGCGGUCAGGAAUGGGGUCCUGUGGAGCUGACGGCGGUGGUGGCCGGUCCGCUCUUUGUGCUGUGUGUGCUGGUUCUGCUGGGUCUCUUUCUGUUCCAUCACCACCAGCGGGCAUACGGCCACCGGCAGAGACUGGAGGUGGAUGACCCAAGCACCGAACACAUGUUCCUGGCCAAAGACAAGACACUGCAAGAUCUCAUCUAUGACCUGUCCACGUCAGGAUCUGGUUCAGGUCUGCCACUGUUUGUCCAGAGAACUGUGGCUCGUACCAUAGUGCUGCAGGAGAUCAUAGGUAAAGGACGUUUCGGGGAGGUAUGGAGGGGAAGGUGGAGAGGAGGGGACGUCGCUGUAAAGAUCUUCUCAUCUCGGGAGGAACGCUCUUGGUUUCGUGAAGCUGAAAUCUAUCAGACCAUCAUGCUCCGGCAUGAGAACAUUCUGGGCUUUAUUGCUGCAGAUAACAAAGAUAAUGGCACAUGGACUCAGCUGUGGUUGGUAUCAGACUAUCAUGAGAACGGCUCUCUGUUCGACUAUCUAAACCGAUACUCGGUCACUAUCGAGGGCAUGAUCAAACUGGCGCUGUCUGCUGCCAGUGGAUUGGCACAUCUGCACAUGGAGAUCCUGGGCACACAGGGUAAGCCUGGCAUCGCUCACCGGGAUCUAAAGUCAAAGAACAUUUUGGUGAAGAAAAACUGCACGUGCGCUAUAGCCGAUCUCGGCCUGGCGGUCCGGCACGAGUCCGUCACAGACACCAUCGAUAUCGCUCCCAACCAGCGUGUCGGCACAAAGAGGUAUAUGGCACCCGAGGUUCUGGAUGAGACUAUUAACAUGCGUCACUUUGAUUCGUUUAAAUGCGCCGAUAUCUACGCUCUGGGUCUGGUGUACUGGGAGAUCGCUCGACGGUGCAAUGCUGGAGGUAUUCAUGAGGAAUAUCAGCUGCCCUACUACGACCUGGUGCCCUCUGACCCCUCCAUAGAAGAAAUGAGGAAAGUGGUGUGCGAUCAGAGGUUACGACCCAACAUCCCUAACUGGUGGCAGAGCUAUGAGGCUCUGCGUGUGAUGGGGAAGAUCAUGCGCGAGUGUUGGUACGCCAACGGCGCCGCUCGACUCACCGCUCUCCGUAUCAAAAAAACCCUGUCUCAACUCAGCGUGGACGAAGACAUCAAACUCUGAACGAAAGUGUGAGAGACUGUACAGAAACGCUACCACUCCAAACUAUCCUGCCAGUUUUAAGUGAAAAGUAUUUCCGUCUGCUAUAUUGCAGCGGGGCCUACCUCACCCCCAACGCCAAAACUACUGAAUCCCACGGUACCCAAAAGCCCUUUCUGCGAUCUUCAUCUACUCCUCACGUAUCAAUCUUCUGAAACGACUGCAAAAUCUACUACCGCUCACAUCUGUAAUCUCUCUCUCUCUCUCUAUAACCACAACAUUGCGAUUUUCUCAAUCAUUUUACCCUAAAGAUGUCGUUUUACAUCAUCGGGAUGGCUCGUAUUUGACCCUUUUAACUUGGUUGCUGUGAACGUUUGAUUUGUUUGUGUCAAAGGUUAGCAGACUACCUCGUUCAAGCUAAACUAUAGCUGUGUAACAUCUACAAAUAAA